GGCGUUCUUGCACGUCUCUCCAACUGGCUCCUGGGCUCGCAAGCCAAGCUGCAGCGUAACAAAUCGACUGCAUAGCGCGUUGUGAAAACGUCUACUUGCAAGCAGUAAGCACGAUAUCGAUCGCAUUGCUCGUUGCAAUCGCUUACUAGCUGCAACAACCUGCAACAGGGCAGACGCCGCAGCAGCACAGCAUCGCUUGCAGCAGCACGUCGUCGCCGCGGCCCCAUCGAUAACGCCAUGGGCUACUUCAGUAAUGAUGCGGCACCGGAAGAACCGCAGUACAAGCUCCUCGCUUCGUUAUUCCCGGAGAGCUGGCCCGCGCCGCUGUCGAACCUGUUUUGCGGCCUACUUUUACUACUAACAAUACUAGAAGGAAUGCGACGCUUAAAGACGGCGACCACACCGACGACGGAGCGAGUUACAAGACAAACGAAGGGCAAAGUCAGUGAAUUCAACGCGUUCCAGCGCGAGUACCUCGCCGUGUACCUCGUCAUCAUGCUCGCGGACUGGCUGCAAGGUACCAAUAUGUACACUCUUUACUCCGGAUACGGCGUGUCCGUCUCGACCUUGUUCCUCACCGGCUUUUCCUCAUCACUGGUGUUCGGCACAUUUGUGGGUCUACUCGUAGACGCCUACGGAAGGAAACGAGCUUGCGUGCUCUUCUGCCUGCUGGAGAUCGCGAUCAACGCCAUGGAGCACGUCCCCAGCAUGCCUAUACUGUUGCUGGGACGGGUGCUUGGUGGUAUUUCGACGUCGCUCCUGUUCAGCGCCUUCGAGUCGUGGAUGGUCGCAGAACACAGAAGGCGGGGCUUCCCCGAGGCGUGGCUGGCCAAGACGUUCGGGUUAUCAUCAGCUGGUAAUGGUGCCGUUGCCGUCGUCGCGGGGUUGUUGGCUCAGGUCGCUGCUGAUGUGAAGGGCGACAUCGGGCCCUUCCAGCUGGCCAUCGCACUGACGGUGUUGGCUUUGGUACUGAUACUAAGGUGGCCGGAGAACUACGGGAAGACGUCAGACGGUGUAUUAAACUCCGUGUCGUCCUCGUUAUCUACGGCCACGAAGGCCGUCAAGACGGAUCGGAGGGUAGCUUUAUUAGCGGCCGUGUCAGCUCUCUUCGAGGGCGCGACGUACACCUUCGUCUUCAUGUGGGUACCUAGAUUAAUCGCCAUCUACCCCUUCGAGGGCGGGUUACCCACCGGUCUGAUCUUUGCAUCAUUUAUGGUCUGCAUCACCAUCGGUGGUGUUAUAUACAGCGCCUUGGGCAUGGAUUCGUCGGUGGAGUCCUACUCGUUCCUUUGUUUAUUAGCAGCAUUCGGGGCCAUGGCCCUCUGCGCGCUCGGGGCUCCUCCCUCAGUUAUGCCUCAAAUACUACCGGCGCUGGGCGAUUUCGGGCCGACGCUCGCCGCGUUCCUGGUCUUGGAGGGCUGCGUCGGCUGCUUCAACGCCUGCGCGGGGACGAUGCGUUCGCGUUAUAUUCCGGAGGACGUCCAGGCCGCCGUCAUGAACCUGGGACGGGUGCCCCUCAAUCUGCUGGUCGUCGGUGGGACGUACCUGUCGGACGCGGCGCCGGCGCAGGUGGCGUUCGCGGCGGUAGCCUUGGCUUUCUUGGGCGGCGCGGCGCUGCAGGCGGCGCUGGUGCCCGUGAAGCGCGACUAGUUUCUUAUCUCUUAAGUUCGGUUCUCGUCUUCUUUCAAGAGGCAUCCAUCCGGCCCAGCGCGAUG